AUGCUCACAACCUUCAGCUACUCAGUGUCUCUCUGUAUGUGUCACGAGUGGAACCUUAUUACUAAACUUCCGGAAGGCGCGAAAGAAGACGGUACCAAGUUUCAAGCAGUUUAUUGGUUUGUAAUUUCGAAGCCUAUACUCUACCCAUGUCAAUCUAACAUAACCGUAUCGCUUCUGUACGUCGAAGACCCACCUGAUGACAAAAACGAUUACUGUCAAGUACGCUCCGAUGAGGAUUAUAAUAUUUUGGCCUGCAGAAGAAGAAGGAAACUUUUGCAUAGCAAGUCAUGGGUACCAAAGACAUUGCUUGAUUUUCUGUGGAGAUAUGUGCCAAGUUUGGGCGAAGAUCAUGUACGGUCUGUCCUCUGUUUGAUGAGCAAAUACAAAACGCUGAAGUUCCCUCCAUUGCCGACCAUUGCGAAAACUUCAAGCACCUUAACCACUGCGACCACAAAAAGAACGACCACAACUUCUUCAUCUACAAUCAGGGCAGCUAUGCCAACAUCUGUCCUUACAAGUCCGACGGCGGUGAAGACAUCUAGCAUUAUAUCAACGACAAAAAGUAAUAGCUACAUUCCGCAGUAUACUGGUGAUGGCGAAAAACAUGUGGAAAGGAGAAGACGAAGUAUCGCUUCUUUCCUGUUCAUAGUCGUACCAUUGAUAGUUAUAAAGCUUUUACUGCUCAUACUCCUCAUAAUCACCAUCCGAGAAUUACGAAGGAUCAGAAAACAUCGGAAUGAGCCAAAACCACUCCAUUCUUUAGAGGAAAAAGAAAAGAGCAGAGAUAGUGCAGAAGUAACGACAGGAACACCUGCUAUGAAUCUGCGGAAUGAACCAAUCAAAGAAAGUGUGACACCAUCUAAGGAAUCGAUUUCACAAUUGAAAAGCCAUUGAGGAGCUUGAGAACCUAAGAGCUGUUACGUAAUGCUUUUUGAUAAUGCUCGUUGAUUUUUCGGAUCACAUAACGAUGCUUACUGAUGGCUUGAAUCUUUGUCUAAAAAGUUGAAAAUAUUUUGUAUAGUGUGUAAAGUCGUGUAAAUGUUACUACUCUAAAUAAAUUUUUUCGG